UCCGGGCCGGGAGGCGGGCCCCGGAAGUGGCCGGCCGCCUCGGCUGCUGGCGGUGCAGCCGCUGACGGGAAGGAGAAAGCCGGGGCUGCGGGCGGCGCCGCAGGGCGGCAGUCGCGACCCGAGCGCGGCGGGCGCUCACCUCCGCACUCGCCUGAAGGACUAGUGGACGGACGGGCUGCGGCGGGGCGGGCCUGCAGCCUGCCUUGUGCUCUCACCAUGUCGCGGGGCUCCAUCGAGAUUCCCCUCCGGGACACGGACGAGGUCAUUGAACUUGACUUCGAUCAGUUACCGGAGGGAGAUGAAGUUAUCAGUAUUUUGAAGCAGGAACACACACAGCUGCACAUAUGGAUUGCCUUGGCGUUGGAAUACUACAAGCAAGGAAAAACAGAAGAGUUCGUAAAGUUGUUGGAAGCAGCCCGUAUAGAUGGCAAUUUGGACUACAGAGACCAUGAGAAAGAUCAGAUGACUUGCUUAGACACACUGGCGGCCUACUAUGUACAACAGGCUCGAAAAGAGAAGAACAAGGACAAUAAGAAGGACCUUAUCACACAGGCGACCUUGCUGUAUACAAUGGCUGACAAAAUUAUCAUGUACGAUCAAAACCAUUUGUUGGGAAGAGCCUGUUUCUGUCUCCUGGAAGGUGACAAAAUGGACCAAGCUGAUGCACAGUUUCAUUUUGUGCUCAAUCAAUCUCCCAACAAUAUUCCAGCCCUUCUCGGUAAAGCCUGCAUUUCUUUUAACAAAAAGGAUUACAGAGGAGCUCUUGCUUAUUAUAAGAAGGCCUUGCGUACCAACCCAGGGUGUCCAGCGGAAGUUCGUUUAGGAAUGGGCCAUUGCUUUGUGAAACUAAACAAACUAGAGAAAGCUCGUCUGGCAUUCAGCAGAGCCCUGGAGCUCAAUUCCAAAUGUGUGGGAGCCUUGGUUGGGCUGGCUGUUCUGGAACUCAACAAUAAAGAGGCUGAUUCCAUCAAAAAUGGUGUCCAGCUUCUUUCUAGAGCUUACACUAUUGACCCUAGCAACCCUAUGGUAUUGAACCACUUGGCAAAUCACUUUUUCUUCAAAAAGGAUUAUAGUAAAGUCCAGCACCUGGCUCUACAUGCAUUCCAUAACACAGAAGUGGAGGCUAUGCAAGCGGAAAGUUGCUAUCAGCUGGCUAGGUCAUUCCACGUGCAGGAAGAUUAUGACCAAGCUUUUCAGUACUACUAUCAAGCCACACAGUUUGCCUCAUCUUCUUUUGUGCUACCGUUUUUUGGUUUGGGACAAAUGUAUAUUUAUCGAGGUGACAAAGAAAAUGCAUCUCAGUGCUUUGAGAAAGUUUUGAAAGCUUAUCCUAAUAAUUAUGAAACUAUGAAAAUUCUUGGCUCUCUGUAUGCUGCCUCAGAAGACCAAGAAAAAAGAGACAUUGCCAAGGGCCAUUUGAAGAAGGUCACAGAGCAGUAUCCUGACGAUGUGGAAGCAUGGAUUGAAUUAGCACAGAUCUUAGAACAGACUGACAUACAGGGUGCCCUUUCAGCUUACGGAACAGCCACACGGAUCCUUCAGGAGAAAGUACAGGCCGAUGUCCCCCCAGAGAUUCUGAAUAACGUGGGGGCCCUCCAUUUUCGACUUGGAAACCUGGGGGAGGCAAAGAAAUAUUUCCUGGCAUCCCUGGAUCGUGCGAAGGCAGAAGCUGAGCAUGAUGAGCACUAUUACAACGCCAUCUCCGUGACGACAUCGUACAACCUAGCCAGGUUGUAUGAGGCAAUGUGUGAAUUCCACGAAGCAGAAAAGCUCUAUAAAAAUAUCUUACGAGAACAUCCAAAUUACGUUGACUGCUAUUUGCGCCUAGGAGCCAUGGCCAGAGAUAAAGGGAACUUUUAUGAGGCUUCAGAUUGGUUUAAGGAAGCUCUUCAGAUUAAUCAGGAUCAUCCAGAUGCUUGGUCUUUGAUUGGCAAUCUUCAUUUGGCAAAGCAAGAAUGGGGUCCAGGCCAGAAGAAAUUUGAGAGGAUAUUAAAACAGCCAUCCACACAGAGUGACACAUACUCCAUGCUAGCCCUGGGCAACGUGUGGCUCCAGACUUUGCAUCAGCCCACUCGAGACCGAGAAAAGGAAAAGCGUCAUCAAGAUCGUGCUCUGGCCAUCUACAAGCAAGUGCUCAGAAAUGAUGCCAAGAAUCUGUAUGCUGCCAACGGCAUAGGCGCUGUCUUGGCCCACAAAGGGUAUUUCCGUGAAGCUCGUGACGUGUUUGCCCAAGUAAGAGAAGCAACGGCAGACAUCAGUGACGUGUGGCUGAACUUAGCACACAUCUAUGUGGAGCAAAAGCAAUAUAUCAGCGCUGUGCAGAUGUAUGAAAACUGCCUCCGAAAAUUCUAUAAGCACCAGAACACUGAGGUGGUGCUGUAUUUGGCCCGAGCCCUCUUCAAAUGUGGCAAGCUACAGGAAUGCAAACAGACUUUGCUGAAGGCGAGACACGUGGCACCCAGUGAUACGGUUCUCAUGUUUAACGUGGCCCUGGUCCUGCAGAGGUUAGCUACGUCUGUGCUGAAAGAUGAGAAAAGUAAUCUGAAGGAAGUACUUAAUGCUGUGAAAGAACUGGAACUUGCACAUAGAUACUUCAGUUACCUGAGUAAAGUGGGUGAUAAGAUGAGAUUUGAUUUGGCCCUUGCUGCUACGGAAGCCAGGCAAUGCUCAGACUUACUGAGCCAGGCACAGUACCACGUGGCUCGGGCACGCAAACAGGACGAAGAAGAGCGGGAGCUGCGGGCCAAGCAAGAGCAGGAGAAGGAGCUGCUAAGGCAGAAACUGCUCAAAGAACAGGAAGAGAAACGUCUCAGAGAAAAGGAAGAGCAAAAGAAACUUCUGGAACAACGGGCCCAGUAUGUGGAGAAAACCAAAAACAUUCUCAUGUUUACCGGUGAGACGGAAGCCACGAAAGAGAAGAAGCGAGGGGCUGGUGGACGGCGUUCAAAGAAGGGAGGAGAGUUUGAUGAAUUUGUCAAUGAUGACACAGAUGAUGACUUGCCUAUCUCCAAAAAGAAGAAGAAAAGAAAGGGCAGUGGUAGUGAACAAGAAGGCGAAGAAGAAGAGGGUGGUGAGAGAAAGAAGAAGAAGAGGAGGAGACCUCCAAAAGGAGAAGAAGGGUCUGAUGACGAAGAGACAGAAAAUGGCCCCAAACCAAAAAAGCGCCGUCCUCCGAGAGCGGAGAAGAAGAAGGCGCCCAAGCCAGAGCGUCUGCCUCCUUCAAUGAAGGGCAAGAUCAAAUCUAAAGCCAUAAUAUCCUCCAGUGAUGACUCUUCAGAUGAGGACAAACUAAAAAUUGCUGAUGAAGGGCGGCCCAGGAACAGCGACAGCGACUCAGACGAGGAUGAGCGGCCGAAGAAACGGGCCUCUUCAGAGGAGAGUGACUCGGACGACAACCAGAAUGAGGCCGGCAGCGAGGCAGCCAGUCCCCGCAGGCCACGGGCCCAGCAGUCCGACGAGGACUCGGACAGCGACCAACCGCCCAGGAAGAGGCGGGCCUCAGGCUCCGAGCAGUCAGACAACGAGUCGGUGAGGUCGGCCCGCAGCCGCUCAGCGGGCUCCGAGAAUGACUCUCGGCCAGCCUCUUCCAGUGCCGAGUCGGAUCGCGAGUCAGAGCGGGGCUCAGAUAAUGAGGGCUCUGGCCAGGGCUCUGGCAAUGACUCCGAGCCAGAGGGAUCCAACAACGAGGCUUCGGACCGGGGCUCAGAUCACGGGUCAGAUGACAGCGACUAGAUUUGAUUUCGUCCAGAAACAUACUGUCCAGAGGAAAUUUUUAAUAUAUGAAAGCUGUGUUAGAAACAUCUCAAAUGUUUAGUCAAACAGUUGUAAGGUUUUCCUAAGGCAAUGUUUGUUUGCUAUCCGUUUGUAUGUUAAGCCCCAGGAGACGUGUCCUGUGCUCAGUUCCGGGAUAGUCAGUGCAGGAGAUGGAGGUGAGCCCGUCGGGCCGCUGGAGCAUUCCUGCCAGGCCUCCAGCGUGGGGGCAGGUGGCCCUGGUCCUCACGUCUUUGAAUGUCAAGCAGCAUCCUGUUUGGGUUUGUACUGCAGCCUGCAGCCAAGUGGUGCAGACACUCGGUGUUCACGUAUUUGCUCUUUUUUUUUUUUUUUUUUUUAGUUUAGAUUGAGGAUGUUUUCACUUCCUACAGGAAGAGAUAUCUACUGUAUCCUUGCACCAAAGUACAUAGAGAAGGAAGGUUUUCUUUAGUGGAGUUAAUUCUGCUGCGUGUAGAUAAAAAUCACAAACACAUAAUUCGUUAGGCUGGGGGAGGUGUGGGAAAUGCCUUUGUGUUUAGUAGACUACAAAGACCCACCCAAGCCAAGUAAUAAAGUUCUCCUACCAACUUUCUUGGAUAA